GUUUUGGUCCAGCUGGAUUAUUUUUUAUUUCUGCAGGAUUUCUGGCCUAAUGUUCGGCUGUUUGCGGUCUGCAGAGGCUGGAGGAGUAAAAUAAGAGAAGAGGAGCAGGUGCUGAUGAUGAAGCAUGAAGCAUCGCUCCUCCUCCUCCUCCUUCUCCUCCUCCUCCUCCUCCUCUUCAUCCUCCUCCUGGCACCGUAAAUGUUAUUUAUGAAUGCCCGCCGCUCACGGGCGUGUGCGCGCAGGAUUUCCAUUAUUAUGCUGGAUAAUUAGGAGACAUCGCGCUGAGAUCAGAACCGAGCUGCGGGUCGGUACCGGAGCCGAGCGACAUCGUUCGUGCUUUGAUUCAUUUCGGUGGGUUCGGUUCCGCUGCUCCUCGGUAAUACUGGGUCAAUACACCGAGCACCGGAACCGCCUCACUUCGACACCAGACCAGGUGUGUUCCCAGGGCAACAGGUGAAUGAUGAUGCCCUUGUGAUAGUGGGUGGGGCUGCAUGGGCCUGAGGGGGUAAGGAGGCGGAGUCUCUGCCUUAAGCCCCUCCCCUCUCCUUCCUGCCACAGACCAAACAGACGGGAAAAACACGGCCAGAGCUCUCCCUUCCCUCUUCCUCCUCCCCCUCUCUCCUCCCUGUUCUUACCCCCUCCUGACCCCGCCUCUCCCCCGCCGCCCUCCCCUGUCUCCCCCCUUGGCCGCUGCCACCAUGCUGUGGUCUCGCUGCUGGUGGAGAGCCUGAGGAAACAGACUCUGGCAGGCGACCCUGCUCAGCCGGGGGACUACUACCUGUCCCUGCUGGACCCGAAAACCCUCCCAGAGUGCUGGCCCCCAGAUGGCUUGAUGCCUGAGAGCAGCUACUGGCAGCUCUGCCCUCCCUCUAAGACCAGCCUGCAGGGGGGGUUUCUGAGCUCUAGUUUCCCCCCCGGCCCCUUGCCCCUGGUGCCCCCCGAUGCCCACCUUCAGGAGGCCGGCGACCCCUUGGAGGGCGGCCCCUCUGAGCCCCAGCGACCCCUGGCACCCAGCACCUCGGCGUCAGAGCUGUCCCUGUCUGGGGCGGCGGCGGCGCCCCCCCCGGGGCCUGGACCACCCCCUCCGCCACCACCGCCCCCCAAGCGCCACUGCCGCUCGCUGUCGGUACCGGAGGACCUAUCGCGUUGCCGCUACACCUGGCGGCCCAGCGCUUCUCGCGUCUGGACUCCCGUCAGCCGCCAGCAGUGCCACGGCGGCACGGGCGGAGGCGUGGCGGGCGGGGGCGGGGGCGUGGCGGUGGCGGCAGGGGGUAUGGGCAUGGCGGGGGGCGGAGCCUGCCCGCUGCGUGCCCCCAGCUCUUCUCUGACCUCGUCGCUGCACUCCUCUUCCAGCCCCACCUUCUUCAGCCUGGCGCUGUCGCCGGACUCCCCAUUGCCAUGGAGCUUCCCCUGGGACCCCAGUGAGGCGGCGGCAGGGGGUGGAGCCUGCUGCUGCUUUUUUCCCUCCCCCUCCUCCUGCUCGUCAUCGCCCUCCCCCCUUCACCCGCCUCCGCCCCCCCAGCGGCGCUUCUCCCUCUCACCGGUGCUCAUCAGAGACUCGGCCACCUCCACCUUCCUUCCUCCACCUCCAGUCCCCAGCCAGGCGGCACCGCCCCCGCCGGGCUACGCCGCUGGCGCUGCCGCUGGGGGGCCGGUACCUCCCUCGCCCUCUUCUGCCUGCAGCACGCCGUCUUCUCUCCGCCGCAGUCUCCCGCCGCAGCUGCCCCGCUGCCACUCGCAGCCCUGUGACCUACUGCUGCUGAAGCCGGGCUUGAAGCGGCGCCGCGAUCCCGACCGACCCUGCGCCCGGCCCGUCCUCGACUUCACCAAGAUGACGCAGACACGCAGCAUCGACCCGCAGUGCCUGGAGCGCGGCGGCGGUAGGUUAGCCUGUGGCGGCGAUGUCUGCAUGGGCAUGGAGGCCUUUAUGGGCGACUUUCGGGGCUCCUGCUCGCCUGCCGAGUGCCUGGGCCGCACCAGCAUCGGGCCGCUGAGCGAGAGUGACGAGGAGUGCCGUGAGGACGAUGAGGACGAAGAGGAGGAGGCGGAGGAGCGUGAGGCGGCACAGCAGGCCGUAUUUGAGAGGGAUUGUACAGAACUGGACCUGAACUUGAUAGAAGAAAACUGACUUGUUGUAAAUGAAGGCUGUUCUCUGUUUCUGUUUUCUAACUGAGUUUUAUUUUGAAAUGACCUGACCCCAGCCCUUCUUCCUGUCCCACCAUCUUCUCAACACUCGGCGAGUUCUCGCCACCAAUCAGCAGAGCUCUCAGGAACAACAUCUUCUCCCAUUGGACGAGCUGAUUACUGGCAACAGUGAUGAUGUGGCGGCCGGCAGACCUGGACAGACUGGUCCGUUCCAGUUGGACCAGUACCAGCUGCGGUCCAGGUAACUUCCAACACGUCUGACAAGGCGAACGCGGCGCUGCAGUGGCCGACCCAGACGGUCCUGAACCGCCACAGAAACAUAACCCAGAAUAAUCUUCACACCAAAGAUGAAAUGAAACAUAAAUACUCUCAUAGAUAUAAAGAAUUAGAUGAGUUCUGAUCUGAAAUAGAGAUUAAAAAGUUAGUUUUGCAUUUAAUGACAAUCAAAAGUCCAAAAAAUAAUUUAAUCACGAGGGCCUUUAAAUGACGAAAAACCUGCAGAUUUCUGAAUUUAAAUUCCUCCAAAAACAAAUGAUUUUCCGUUGGUGCAGUCAUGUGACCCGGUCGUGGUGAUGCGUUCAGGGUCGCUGCGGCCGCGCCUGUCAGUCGUCGCUGAGGGCAAAAAGCCACUGAUGCUGUUGUUCAGCCGAGUGUUCGCACAUUCCUGCUGUACACAACUGUCACUGAAGACACUACAACUGAGUGUGUGUGUGCGUGUGUGUGUGACAUCACACCCUGCUGGUCAUGUGACCUGUGUUUAGAUUGAAUCCAAUGGAUUUCCUUGUGACAACAGUUUGUGUUUUAAUUAAAAUUGUUCAGUCAUCUAGGUUUGGGUUAAACCAUAAAAAACGGCUCUAGUUAUUUUCUGUUGAGUGAAGCAGAAACUUUAACUCAUCUCCAGUUUUAGGCUCUGUAAUCUUGCCACAAAAACAACAAAUUAAGAAAUAAUGGAAAUAUAUAAAUACAAACUGAGAAUUAACUUUGAAUUCAAAAAGGAACUUGGAAAAAAAAACUUUAGGUUGCAAUGAAAUGCAAAUUACAGCCAUGAAUCUGUUAAAUUUGGCAUAAAAGAAGGUGAAUCUGGGAUUUAAAUGAACAUGGAGAGUUUUAAUCUCCAUCAGAAAAAUUUAUCCCAACGAACAACGUCCCUCAAGUUUUCAGUGAAAGACUUCAGCAGGUUUAUUCCUGGAGUCUUACUGGUUUGGUGAAAUAAUUUUGAUUUAAAACUAUAAAUUUUUACACAGAGGUGUUUUUGUUUUAACUGGUAAAUCUUAAAUGUAAUGUCAGCCACUGCCAAUAGAGGGCAAUACAAAUAUUUAAUAUUAUUGUUGUAACUUUAUUUGUCUGUGUUGAAUCCAAAUAUAAGCUGAAAAUGGCAGAAUAAACACAUUUUUUCAGUCGGUUUCAAAUUCUGAGUCAUACAAAUGAACAAUCCAGGCUGAACUGUGAUUAGUUAAUCUGACAGAACCACUUAAUCUGGAUUCAAUCUGAGCACUGAGAAGUCACAGAAACUGUUAAACAUUUUAGUUUCACUGGUCGUUUGAGCUGAUUGUUUCACAUCCUGCCAGGUUUAUGACGUUGUUUUCACCCGUUAGAGUUGGAUAAUCCAGCCCAGUUGCUGUUUAGCAGCUUUUCCAUUAGCUUUGACGCAUAAAACGGACACAGUGAUUUUAUUUCCCUUUUUUGGGUUUUGAUCAACUCAGAAAAAAAAUCCAAUGAUAAAGAUGAUUUUUGAUAUAAGAAAGAACAGAAUAUGAUGUAUUUCAGCAUCUGAGAUUGGGAAACGCCCUUAAAUGUAUCAAAAUAAGAUUUUAUACCGUUUUCAAGCCGAAGCUGUUUAGAGGCUGGUUGGUGGAUUAUCAGCGUUCUGCUGUGGCUACUUUACUGUUAAACUUUUAUAAAUAAUUUAAACCUAACAUCAUCUGUGUGUCUGUGUGCUAUGAAGCAUCUCUGCCCUUCAAAGAUCCACAUAGCAGUUAUAAACUGGGCUGAAACUCGGAAUAUAGUCCAGUCAUUUCAUGACAAUGAUCUGGAAAAAGAAUAUAAAAAUUUGUCAAUGCGCUAAUGCUAAUUUGCAUUAGCGCAUUGGCGCUUUUAUAUCAGUUGGAAAAUGUGAUUCUGUGUGUUUGGGAUAAAUCAACAUUUAAUUGUAUAUUUAUCCAUUUUAUAAUUUAAAUUACAAUUUAUCCUUAAAUUAUCACACACCUUGUCGAUUUUUCCCCCAACAGUUAAAAGCAGGCCUUUUUGUUAGACCAGUAGAUUUGGUGAUCAUUUAAUUGCAUAAGGAAUGAGGAAAAUUUUUCGGCGCGCAGUUGCUGCUUUCUGCCUUUGUAGGGCAGUGUUGCUACCUGAAUGUCUGGGUGGUGUGUGUGAGGUGGUUAAUUUCUGCCUGCUGUGGGCUCCUAAUUUAAAACACUUAAAGGAACAGUUCAAUGUUUUUAGGAACAGUUUAGCCUCAUGUUUGUGCCUAAGCUUUGAAUCCUGGAGUGGAGGCGUGAUCAGCGGAGCUAGAAGGGUCUUCCAUGAGUUUUCAUGCAGCAUCCAUAUCAUUUAAUCCCAACUAUAACUUGAAGCAUGAAAUCAUCUCUACUCCACCUCUCUACAGCUGAUUGCAGUCUUUCAGGUUCAUCUUAGCUGAGAAGGUCGUAAACACAUCUGGAAGCUAACGACUGUCUGCUGCCUUUAUAAAAACUUUCAUUUACAUCUUUAUGACUUUUUUUAUUUGCCAUACAUGGACAAUGAUGUGACCAUAGAGUAUUAGCACAGACAUUGGCCUGUUUGCUAAAUAAUAUUAGCAAAACUGAAGGCAACUAUAUUACCAUCCUUUAAUGAAAAACAUGAUCAGCUAGUGGUUUUUUGGGCAUCAGGAGGAUGGAAAUGCGUUACUUCGAGGCUGUCUAUCCACCGUGGCUAGAUUAGCAGAUUAGCAUUGGCACAAAUCUAAAUGAGAUUAUUUAUCAAAAUGUUGAACUACUCCUUUAAGAUAAUAUUGCAUUUAAAAUUAAACCUGUAUUUUGCUGUAAAAUAAGGAAUUGUAAAUGUUAAGGCAGCGGUGAAAUAUAGACGAGGUUUAACUGAACUCAUGAAGUAAUUGCAAAGUGAGCAGAGUUUCCUCAUGUAACAUUUAUUUACUGUAUCUGAGAUACUUUCCCUCAAAUGCUGAAGUAAAACCUGAACACAUAAAUUAAACAAAACGUGUCAGAAGGCGGUCUCAUAGUCACAAGGAGUCAUGGACGGUCCCUGGAAGACGGGUCUGGUCAUGGCGUCCCCGUAAAACACAAGAGUCCUCAAUCGGUGGAUAAAGGACCGCUUAGUGUCCCCAUAAAACACAAGAGUCCUCCAUCGAUGUGUAGAGGACCACUAUCCCUGUAAAACAUAGUGUCCCUGUAAAACAUAGAGUCCUUGAUCGGUUAGUAGAGGAACGCUUAGUGUUCCCAUAAAACAGAGUCCUCGAUCGAAACAGAAAUAUCAAACAUCCCUGUAAGUCAAGCCGUUUUCAAACUUUAGAGACAUUUUUCUAACUGCUUGCUGUUAGCCUCCCUAUGUUUUUGCUUUUGCACCAAGAGGUCCACUUCUCAGAGAUUUAAUUACUGAUGGAGAAUAUAUUUGUUCCAACUGUUAGCAUGGGCUGAAUGGUCAGCCAUCACUGCACUCAGUGCAGUAUAGUCCUUUUUUUCCUAUUUAUAAAACAAUGCAGUAAAGUUUAGUUGUUAAAAAGUUUUCUAUCAAAGGAAACUGCAGAUUGUAUUGAGUCAAUUCCUCCUGCUGAAGAAGCAUAUGGUUACAUUCAGAAGGAAAACCCCGUUUAGGAUUGCAGUUAUUUCUGUACUUCCUGGAGUGCGCGACACAAUGCAACGUCCCAAUAAAACCCAAUAACUUAGAGAAAAUACUUUUAUGACAGGAACUCAUCAUUAGAAGAUCCAAUGUCUUCAUUUCUUAUGUUAUCUGCAUUCACCCUCUUGUCUUCAUCCACCCGGUCUGUUUCUGUUAAAUAUCAUGCAUAGCAUCCAGCAUAAGCCUUAACUGAGCGUAUUCUGUUAUCCUGUAACCACAACAUUUAAAAGAAUAAAGGGAAAAGAAUAAACCAACAGAACAAAAGGAAAAUGUGUACUGUAGCUGUUAAUUUUUUUAGUCCUUCUGUUGAUCAUUUUCUGCUGUUUUUUCUUAAUAUUUCUAAUCUGAUGUCUGAACGCAGUAAAGGUGUCGACAUGAAGACAUAGAGUUGGAAAACCGUGUUGUUUCCAUAAGGAUGAGGAGUAGUCAUGUAUAGUUAGUGAAGAGUCUCAGACAUCUCCUGUCUUUUAGAAAUGUUUUUUAUUGUACGUGAUUUACCAGAAAAGACAAAUGUCAACAUGACAAUUUGAAAAGCAGUUUGUGAAUAAAUUAAGUUUACUGAGAAUUAUUUUACAAGGAAAGUGGAAAAAA